ACUUGUCAAUCGGUGACAAUUUAAUAAACAUGGAGAGCAGUGAAAUUUUAUUUAUAUAAAUCAAAUAAAAAAAAAACUAGUAAAAACAAUUUAAUAAAUUUAGUUGCGGUGUUUUGUUGAAAUAUCAAAGUUGACCAUGUCGUCGGAUAGCGAAGAAAUGGAUAUCGAGCAGGAACUGAGCAACAUAGAAAGCGUUAUCAACUUAACCAGAGCAAAUAUAGAUGCCUUAAAUGCAAAAUUCGCCAGUUUCCAACAUCCACCUACGAUGUACAUAAAAGAGUAUAACGAUUUGACGUCCAAACUGCACGAACUCGAAGGAGAAGAAAUGAGACUGAAGGAAUUGAAAGAACAAAUGAACGGUAGGGAAAGUCCUGAGGAUUCCAGUUAUUACGAGGCCAAGCCUCUGAAUGACACUUUCAGGCCUAAAUUCCUCCGGGCCCACCUGCCUAAUCAACAACGAACGAGCGUCCAAGUAAGGGAAGGCCUCACGUUGAGAGACGCCCUGGCGAAGGCCAUGAAACUUAGAAAUUUACUGUGCGGAACAUGUCGAGUGUACGGCGGAAAGUAUUUGGACGAGCACAUAAAUUGGGACACCGACAUAAGCACGUUGAAUUGUAAUGAAAUCAUCGUUAAAAUCAUAGAUAAAUUUCCAGUUCCCACUAGAAUAUCGCAUAAUUUCGUUAGAAAGACUUAUUUUUCGUUGGUGUUUUGUGAAUGUUGCCGCAGACUUUUGUUCCAAGGUUUUUGUUGUAGGACUUGUGGUUUUAAAUUUCAUCAAAGGUGUGCAGGCAGUGUACCUCCUCUUUGUCACUUGGCUCACGCUACUGACGACUACUUUAAGUAUCUAUUAGCUUAUCCAGAAGAUUCGGAUUCGAGUGCCGGUAUACUCCAUACAGGUCAAGCCGAACUUGAACAGCCAGCGAAGCAAAAUCGUCAUUCAGGCACUUUAGGACACCACGAUAGAUCUAGUUCAGCGCCAAACGUGUGCUUAAACAACGUGAAAAACUCCGGGGAUGAAUAUCCGAAAUCACUGGCGUUAAGCAGUUUCCUGUAUUCCAGAGCGAACGAAGGCGAAUCGUCUCCGCACUGCAAGAGCACCCAAGCCUCUCCCACAGGCUCCUUACAACCGAGACGACCUAGAGCCCGAUCUGCCGACGAAAGUAAACCACUGCUCGCCCCGCGCGAGAGUAUCGAAGACUGGGAAAUACCCGCCGAUGAGAUACUAGUCGGGGCUCGAGUGGGUUCCGGGUCCUUUGGAACUGUAUACAAGGCUCAUUGGCAUGGACCUGUGGCGGUCAAGACGUUGAAUGUUAAAAUCCCUACUACAUCGCAAUUGCAAGCUUUCAAAAACGAAGUAGCCGUUCUACGAAAAACCAGACACGUAAACAUACUGUUAUUCAUGGGUUGCGUAAGCAAACCCCAAUUGGCUAUAGUAACUCAAUGGUGCGAAUCGUCUAGUCUCUACAAACAUCUACAUGUGCUAGAGACUAAAUUCCAACUCUACACCUUAAUCGAAAUAGGUAGGCAAACGGCUCAAGGUAUGGAUUAUUUACACGCCAAGAACAUCAUCCAUCGCGACUUGAAAUCGAACAACAUAUUCCUCCACGACGAUCUGACGGUGAAGAUCGGCGAUUUCGGCUUGGCGACGGCGAAAACGCGGUGGUCGGGCUCGCAGCAAUUCCGCCAACCGACCGGCUCCAUACUGUGGAUGGCGCCCGAGGUCAUCCGCAUGCAAGAGGACAAUCCUUACAGUUUCCAAUCGGACGUGUAUGCCUUCGGCAUCGUGAUGUUCGAACUGCUGGCCGGUCAGUUGCCUUACUCGCACAUCAACAACAAGGACCAGAUACUGUUUAUGGUCGGAAGAGGUUAUCUUAAACCCGACUUGAGCAAACUGAGGUCGGAUACUCCGAAAGCGCUGAGACGAUUAACGGAAGACUGUAUAAAAUACAACAGGGACGAACGGCCGUUGUUUAGGCAGAUACACGCGUCGCUGGAAGGGUUUCUGAGAAACCAUCCGAAAAUCAGCCGAUCGGCCUCCGAGCCCAACAUGAAUCGCACCCAUUUGCAGUCCGACGAUUUCAUUUACACUUGCUCGAGCCCCAAAACGCCCGUCAAUUUCGGACAGGGGCAUUUUCUGUUCUAUGCGGCGGGCACAGGUAAUAUUUGAUUUACUUCGUAAAUGUCAAAAGUACCUUUAGUUCCUUUUUUUCGAAGAGGUAUUUUGAACGACGGGUGGUCUUUUGAUACGUCCUGAAUUAUUUUAUGGCAAGGACUCGUGAUUUGUUUCGAUUACUAAAAAUUGUUGAUUAUUAUAACGAUCUAUCAAGAAUCGGUUAGUUGAUAUAAAUAUAGUUAAAACUUUCCUACUAGAUUAAAAUCCGAAAUGGUAUUCAGAGGAUUAAAUAAUGUACAGUUAUUUCUAUUAAUAGAAUUGUUAAUGUUAGUAUCUACGUCAUAACGAGCAUGAUCACUAUCAGAUAAGCCUUUUCUUUGUUGUUUUCCUUGAAGAAAUUGGCGUAGAUUCUAAAAAAGCCUUUUUUUAAAUAUGUUAUUUAUCACUAAGUGUACAGAAACGAAUACGCUUAUUCUGCGAUAGAUUCGGACGGUGUUUUCGUUAGUCGAAUCUUCGACGAUCGAUUUCAUCGCACCCGCUCUAUUACAGUCACUUGAUUAGGAUUACCCAGUGCCUACAGGAAUAAUCCAAUUCAUUAUUUUAUUGUAACUAGCAACAAAUUUAGAAGAAAACAUCGUAUCGAGCAUGCCAGAUUAUUACCUAAUACACAUAAAAUAUCACUAAUCAAAUUGAAUAUGUGGUUCUAAGGUCUGGAAACAUAGGUCGAAAAAGUGUCCCGUUAUUUGAGGAUAAAACA